UGGAGCACUGAUUGGGAGGUCGAACACUCUCAAAGCAAGUGAAAACCUCUCGGGAGGAAUGGGUUAAGGAUUUCUGUCCAUUCUGCCGAGAUGGAAGAAUUCAGUGUUCUGAGCAGAGAGGAUGAUCUGACCCGGAGCUGGAGCUUCUCUCUCUGAACCUCGUUGGACGUGUGCUGCAGCUGAGAUGUUCCCGUUCCUCACGAGGAAGAUGAACGUGGCCCCGGAGCUCCUCUGCCUCCUCUUAAAUAUCUGUUUGUGUGUCACAGCUUGGCCACGUGCUCCCACAGGGGACACCUGCCCGAGCGCCGAGUGGAGCGUCAUGUGUCGUCCGUGUUGUGAGUACCAGCUGAUCCAGUGCCGGUGCCCCUCCAAAGGGUCGAGGGUGGGUUACACCGUCCCCUGCUGCCGCAACGCUCUGGAUCAGUGUGACCCCUGUAUCAUCCACCCAGGUACUGCCUCACUCCAGCUCGUGCAAAGCUGCAGCCUGUUCGAGAACUGCAAAACCUGCCACAACGGGACCUGGAGGGCCAACGACGAUUUCUUUGUCGAUGGGAAGUUUUGCACCGAGUGUCGCCAAGGCUGGAGCGGGGGGGCCUGUAAAACAUGUGGAGGCGUCCUCCAGCGAGCUCAGGGGCUCGUGGCCCUGGAGAGUUACCCGACAAACGCCCGGUGUGAGUGGAGGGUGCAAGUGCAGAGGGGCAGAAGCAUCGAGCUCAGGUUUUCUCUGCUCAGUCUGGAGUCCGACCACACGUGUCGAUACGACUACGUGGAGGUGCGCGACGGCCACGACCUGAGCUCCCCUGUGAUUGGCCGGUUCUGUGGGGAUCGGCUGCCUCCACCAAUAAAAAGCUCCGGGAACCUCCUGCACAUCCUGUUCACCUCAGAUGGCUACAACAACUUCGAUGGAUUUGUUCUCACUUUUCAGGAGAGUUCAGCCCCUGGUGAUCCAGGCUGUGGACCCCCAGAGGAACCAGUGAAUGGAUACUGGCUGCCAGUUUACAGCCUCCAGCAGAAGCUUGUGUCUGUGAACUACCAGUGCCGUCCACCCUUCACCCUCCUCGGCUCCCAGCAGAGGAGCUGUCUGCCUGGUGGCCUGUGGAGUGGCAGCGCCCCCACGUGUGUGAGAGGCCCAACGAGCCGAGUCCAGUGUGCCCCCCCACCCAAAUUGCUCAACGGCUACUACAGGCCGGCUCAGGACCCAGCAGGGGGCGGGGGGGCGGAGACGAUGGAGUUCUUCUGUAAGAACUCCUUCGUUCUGAGUGGAAACCACCAGAGCACCUGUCUCUCUAAUGGAUCCUGGAGUGGCAGGCCGCCGAAGUGUGUGAGAGCCUGUCGAGAGCCCAAAGUGUCGGAACUUGUGCGACAAACUGUUGUGAGGCCGCGUCUAGAGACUCCAAACCAGCGGCUCUCAUCCAGGUUCAACAUCCACCAUCUGUCGUCCACUGGUUCCAUCCCACUGACACUGGACCGACUGUCUCCUAUGGACAGACAUGACGUCUCAUUGGACGAGCUUCCUCGUGGCUUUCACUCAGUACACACGAGCAUCGAGUACCGGUGUGCAUCGCCCCUCUACCGCCACACGGGGAGCUCCAGACGCAGCUGCCUGAAGAGCGGCCGGUGGAGCGGGCGCCACGUCUCCUGCUCGCCGGUUUGUGGCAAACUCGACACCUUCAGUCCUCAGAACCUCUCAGAGACUCAGUGGCCGUGGCACGCAGCCGUCUACGUCCGCUCGCCCCCUGAUCCGACGGCCCGGGGCCACAGGUCCCAGGGAGCGAGCGGCGGCCGGGAGGCCUCGGAGGAGUCCACCUUCUGGCUCCUGGCCUGCAGCGGGGCUCUGCUCGCCCAGCGCAGCGUCCUGGUGGCAGCUCGGUGCGUGGUGGACCAGGACGAGCGGCGGCCGCUUCACCCCGCGCACGUGAAGGUCGUGAUCGGCGUGCAGCAGCAGCACCGGGCGUCCGGGGCUCAGUCGAGAAGCCUGCACCAGCUCAGGGUUUCAGAUAUUUUAAUCCAUCCAAACUUUGCCUUCACACCAGACGCCAGCGUGGCCGUGCUCAGGCUGAAAGACAAGGCCCGGAUCAGCGAGCGCGUGCUGCCGGUGUGUCUACCCACAAUGCACGGCGGGGAGGGGACGGUGCGGCAGGCCUACACCUCCAGGUGGAUCCCACCGGACAACCACAGGCACCUGAGCCGCUUCGCUGCCCCGAGCCAGACGGAGCUGGUUGAGUGGAGGGACGUGGCUCGCUGUGAAGAGGAGUCCGCUCGGGGGGGAACACUGUGUGGCGUCAGGAGGCCGGUCAGUCCUCAAAGCCCCUGUGCUGUGCCGGGCCUCACCACCCUGCCAGCUGUGCCCCCCCCCACAGGUCGAGCCUCCAGCCGCUCCGGGUGGCAGCUGCUGGCGUUGGAGAGUUUCAGCUGCGAGGAAAACAACCGACAGACUCACUCAGCUCAGACUCCAGUCGGCAGCUUUCUGGACUGGAUAGAGAGGAACAUGAAUUGA